AGGUCCUUGAGGAAGGGAUCCCCAAAUUAAGGCUUCUCUGGGGCUGGGAGAAGUAGAGACAGACGGGAGCAUCCUUGUUUGGUGGAAGAGACACUGAGCCAGGAACUACAGAAGCAGUCAAGAGGCCCAGGCCCCACUGAGCUGCUGUAGACACCUCCAGGGAUCACAGCCAAGAGGGAUCACCAUUUUGGCCAAAAGACAGAUCGACACACUCAGAAGCAGGCAUGAACUACACUCCUUAUAGCAGCCCAGCCCCAGGUCUGACCAUCAGCCCCACCAUGGACCCUGUGACCUGGGUUUACUUUUCAGUGACAUUCCUGGCCAUGGCCACCUGUGUGUGUGGGAUAGUGGGCAACUCCAUGGUGAUUUGGCUACUGAGUUUCCACAGGGUGCAGAGGUCCCCCUUCUGCACCUACGUGCUCAACCUGGCGGUGGCCGACCUCCUCUUCCUGCUCUGCAUGGCCUCCCUGCUCAGUCUGGAAACAGGGCCCCUGCUCACAGCCAGCACCUCCGCCAGAGUCUACGAGGGGAUGAAGAGAAUCAAGUACUUUGCCUACACAGCAGGCCUGAGCCUGCUGACGGCCAUCAGCACCCAGCGCUGUCUCUCCGUGCUUUUCCCCAUCUGGUAUAAGUGCCACCGGCCCCAGCACCUGUCGGGGGUGGUAUGUGGUGUGCUGUGGGCACUGGCCCUCCUGAUGAACUUCCUGGCUUCUUUCUUCUGUGUUCAAUUCUGGCAUCCCGACAAAUACCAGUGCUUCAAGGUGGACAUGGUUUUCAACAGUCUUAUCCUGGGGAUCUUCAUGCCCGUCAUGGUCCUGACCAGCGCCAUCAUCUUCAUCCGCAUGCGAAAGAACAGCCUGCUGCAGAGACGGCAGCCUCGGCGGCUCUACGUGGUCAUCCUGACUUCCGUCCUUGUCUUCCUUACCUGUUCUCUGCCGUUGGGCAUCAACUGGUUCUUACUCUACUGGGUGGAACUGCCGCAGGCCGUGAGGCUCCUGUACGUCUGCUCAUCACGCUUCUCCUCGUCUUUGAGCAGCAGCGCCAACCCAGUCAUCUACUUCCUCGUGGGCAGCCAGAAGAGCCACCGGCUGCAGGAGUCUCUGGGUGCUGUGCUGGGGCGGGCACUUCAGGACGAGCCUGAAGGCAGGGAGACGCCAUCCACAUGUACUAAUGAUGGGGUCUGAAGGCAGCCCGCCUAGGACCUCCUCCAAAACCCUGCCCAGCCCUUCCCUACAAGGACCCAGAAAGCUUGCUGUGCAAAGGCCUUGCACCUCAAAAUGUUGGGGUCAUUUUCCUGUCUGCCAGGAGAGCCACCACUCUCACCUUGCGUUCCUAAUCUAAAGUAGGAGGUGAGGCAACAUUUCUUUCUGUUUUUCCUGUUUAGACACCGAUCCUAGCUUUAGGUCCCGUCCUGGGCAAGACUGGCUGUGAAAUGGAGUUUCCCAGUAGAGACUGCAUCUCAUGCUGGUGGAAAAGGUCUUUCUUAGCCCCCUUAACCCCCUGACCUGGCAUCUGUCUUAGCUUCAUUUCCAUUGCCGUGACAAGUUCCCUGACAAAAGGCAACACAGGGAAAGAAACUGUUCACUUGGCUUACAACUACAGAUCAUGGCCCAUCAUUUCAGGGAAGCCAAGGCAGAAAUGUAAGCAGCUAAUGACAUCACAUACAAAGUCAAGAGCAGAAAGAGUGCAGACGCAUAGCUCCAUCCCCACUUGCUUGCUCUCAGCUAGCUUAUUAUAUCCUCUCUUAUCCUGUUCACAAUUAUCAGCCUAGGGAAUGGUGUUGCCCACAGAGGGCUAGGGCUUCCUGUGUCAAUCAACAGUGAAGACGACCUCUUGCAGACACACCCACAAGCUAACCUGAUCCAGACAAUUCCUCACUGAGGCUCUCAUCCCAAGUGAUUCUAGGUUUUGUCAAGUUGACAGUUAAAGCUGAACAGACAGCACCUUGGACAUGGGGAUGUACUGGUAACAUCAUUUAGUGCACAGAGUGGUGGCUCUGCUGCACAUGUCACCGCGCCUCCAGCACGAGUGUGACUUUUCUGGCAUGAUGUGACACACAUCCCAGAUAGGGCACUGAUAAAGACCAAGGAAAAAUUCCAUCAAAUCAGAGUCUGAUGAACCGAGUAACACAGAGAAGCGUGGGUCAGGGGUUAGUUAUAGAGAUGUAGUUCAGCAUUACUUAUAGUGAUGUCGCUAAAACAGCCACAUCACCAAGAAACCCCUCCCCAGCCUGGAAGAUAAUUUCCAGAGGUUCUCUAGAUGAAGUGCUCCCCUUACCUAACCUACCCUUCUGUUACUAGCACCUCCCUAAACCAAGACAACUGGACUGGCGUUACAUGCACCUAAGAGGAAGUACAAGGGCAAGGGAGAGGGGUCUUAGACCCUUACUACCCUCCUUUCGUAAGGGAAUUCCCACAGGCUUCAUCCUGAAGGUCUCUGGUGGGAACUCUAAGCUGCUUGGUUACAGUGGCAAUGGCUGUGAUUGAUACUCAGAGGAGAGAAUGCCACCUUCUCUGACCUACAUCUAACUGUCAUCAUCCCCCACCUGACCUCUGGCUCAACCUCAGGCCCUGAUUUGGCCCAUGGGGUUCUUUUGUACCCCUUGUUCCCUGAGACAUCUGUGCCAGUUAACUUUGUGACAGGAGAGGGCAUAAACAUGGCAGCCAGAGGCUGGGAAGAGAGAGGGACCGGACAGAAAGAGAUUUGAACAGGCAAAGCUCUGCAGGAGGUGGGCACAGCAUGGAGCCUGAGUCAAUAGUCUUGCAGACCCUCUUCAGGCCACCUCCUAGAGGGUCUGGAACACUUCUGCACAAGCCAGUGCACCAUGUUCGAGGUGACAGAGAUGCUGGUCACCCCACCAUGUGUACAUAUAUCAAAAUGGUACCUCAGACCAUAUGAACCUGUAUGAUUCUUGCAUGUUAUCAGUAAAUGACAACAA